AUCGGACCGUCACACUAUUGCACAUACACAAUGUUUCAAACUUCAUCUCAUGCUUUUUCUUCUACUCAGCCUCCAUCACCGCCAAUGGAGAACAACAGUACCGGGCCCGAGAUCACUCUGGUAGCUACCGGGCCGAAUGGAGAGCAGAAGCCUCGGAAGAUGAGAGCAUCCUGUGACGCUUGCUCUCGUGCUAAAGUCAAAUGCGACAAAGUAAGACCGACUUGUCAUCGAUGCGGUAGCAUGAGUAUAUGCUGCAACUACUCGCCUUCAAUGAGACUAGGAAAGCCGCGCAAACACAGAAACCCGGACGGAUCUAUCAAGCGUGACGUAUCACCUGCUGGCUCUUAUGGACCCUUAGGAGCAAGAAUGGAGAUCAUCCCACGCACUACAUCUUACGCCUACGAAAGCUCUCCAGAGCCAACAGAUCCAUUCUUCUUUGGACCCAGCACGCCCGAGUACAAUUACCAGGACACUUACAUGGGAAACGGAUUUGACGGGGGUCAGUCGCCCGCAUACUCUGAAGGCGCCAGCUCACUUGUUGGUGCUUGGUCGAGUGAUGACCACGUAACGUACGGAGGCCAGACAGAUUUAUUUGCUCCAGUGCCCCAAUAUCUUCCGCCUCCCACCUCUUUCCACGGACAUGUUCGGUCGACCAGUGGACAGAGUCAGCUUGAGAUGUUUGCACCAGUAGAGCCCUUACAAUCCCCACCAGCCAUGAGCCAAAGAUAUCUUGGUGUUCCAGGCACGGUGCUGGUUCCACAAGAAAAGACAACGCCAUGUCAGCCUAUGGUGUCUGCACCUUUGCCGACACCACCGCCAGCUCCAACUCAUCUUCCAAACCACGACUGCACACAAUUAGCCUUCCAAAUGCUGAGCAGUGUGCAUACUCCAUCUUCCACCGGCAACUACCACGGUACAUUGGACAGCCUUCCAUCUUUGGAAUCCGUGCUCUCCACCAACAAGGCCGCCGCAGACAAACUCUAUGUAUUGCUCAGUUGCCAUUGCUCAUCGAACCCUCUUUUCUCCACUAUGAUCAAUCUUAUCAUCAUUGAGAUUUUAAAAUGGUACCAAGCUAUCGCAGGAGUCCACCAACAAGGCGAAGGAACAUCCCUCGAGACCCAGAUGAAGGCCUUCACGUACCCAUAUGUAUCUCCAGGACCCUCUGAUCCUGAGUCGGAGAACACAUACCGAACAAAUUUUGUUCUUUCCGAGCUUCUCAAAAUUGAGAAGCUCAUCGAUAAGUUCUCGGAGCGCUACUGCCAGGCUGCCAACACAGUUGAGACAGGGAUUGACAGCGGGGUAUACGUCGCCAUGGAGGCAUCACUCCGCACUCGCGUUCGAGACACUUUCCAAGUUACCAUGGCAGUUGCGCCAGAAACCAUCAAGCGCCAUCUUUCUUCGCGGGUACACAACCUUGUACGUGUCAGUACUGUGUAAAUUACUUUACUUUCCCUAUUCAUAGACCUGUUUCUUGCAUAAAUAUCCUCAGGGACCUUUUCGGUAAAA